AAAAUUUACUAUCUUCCAGGCAAGCUCUCAAUCAAGGAGAAAUUGUAGAUUUUAUAAAGCACGACCAGUUAGAAAACACCGAAGACAUUCCAGAAACGAGAAGAGAUUCUCAAGAAAUCCGUUCGCCUUAAACACAUAAUUAUGGAGGAAGCUUUAACGACGUCUCCCCUGAUGUUCCUCCUCAAACUGGCCUGGGAUUGCAGAUACCGCAUACCUCUGAUCAUCACCAUCGGUUUCAUGGCAUUGGACAUCAGAAUGCAGUUCGAGUUGAAUGUACAAACGAGAAGGAUCAGGAGGGUGAGUUUACCCUCUAGCGGAUCUUCCAAUCAGGACGAUACGUCAGAGAAUCAAGAAGGCGAACUAGAUUAUACGUGGACAAGUGCGGACGAUGCACUCUCUAAUUCCACCGAAUCAGAAAGAGCUGUUACGCCGGAUUUUGCUGCUAGUGGGCCCCCAGACGCAGGAACAUCGGGAAACCAAUACAUCUCCGCCACGAUCGAGAGCUUUCCAAAUAUUUAGAUCUGAUCAGAACCGUUUAUUUAUUGAAUAAAUUCGACUAUAACAACUUAUACGAUAUUUAUUUUAAAAAAUCAUGUAUUCCGAUAUGAAUGAUGCCAUUUUCUUAGGUUACGAUAACUUCGAGGGAUUUAGAACUCUCUAAGUUCAAAAUGAAUUAUACAAAAGACCGUUUAAUAUUGUUUUUGUUGAUUAUCUUAGGAUUGUCUAUUUAAAUUGUACUUUGGAAUUAAGAAUCUGUGAAUAUAUAGAGAUGGUUAAGUAA